GAGGGGAAUGCCAGGGGGCGGCCCUGCUGUUUUGCCAGCCUGUUUUUCUGGGGAAAGGCUCAUCUGGAGCACAUAGAACAAAGUCUUCCUCGGAUUUGGAUGGGGUUCCGGAACUCUGUGAGGAGACCCCACUUUUAAAACUCCUUGGAACCGGCCUGUUUUGAGGAAGAUGGUGACCAGGUCAGGGGACAACUGAGCAACAUGGCUGUGCGGUUUGAGGUUGCAGAGAUGGAGGAAAUGACCAUCUGGGAGCAAUAUACCAUUACGUUGAAUCGGGAUCCCCGGAAGGGUUUUGGCAUUGCCAUUUCGGGUGGCCGUGAUCGUCCAAACAGUUCAGAUGGUGACACCUCUAUUAUCAUAUCAGAUGUGGUGCCUGGAGGCCCAGCUGUUGGACGACUCCAGACCCGGGACAAGAUUGCCAUGGUCAAUGGCCUCUCCAUGGAGAACGUGUCUUCGUCUUUCGCCAUCUCCACUUUGAAAACCUGUGGCAAGUUGGCUAAUAUUACCGUAAAAAGACCCAGAAAAAUCCAUCUCCCUGUUACCAAAUCCAGCCAGCCAAAAAGCCAGCCUCCCUUGACUCCUACUAAACAUGCGACGGAUGGGAGAAACGAUGACUCGGAUGAGGAUUAUGGGUAUCAGGGGGGUGAGUCAGCAGCCUCGGGACGACAUCCUGGGAAGAGCCGGCAGCGGACAGAAGCAGAACAUAACCGCGGUUACGAUGGAGACUCAUCCAGCGAGAGAAGUUCGGGACAUUAUCGUGAGGAUGAAAAUGACAGCACCCGCAGGCAACCCCUCAGGAGCCGGAGGCGGAGCCAAGAGGGCGGCUACCGGAGGCGGAGCCAAGACAGCGGGUCUGAUAAGCCCCCUCUGGCCAAUGGGCACCAUUACAAAGGAAGCAACAGCGGGCUUGUCCUCAUGUCUGGGUUUAAGAGACUGCCAAGGCAGGACGUGCCGAUGAAACCCGUCCGCUCAGUUUUGGUGAAACGGAAGGAGAGUGAAGAAUACGGACUGAAGCUGGGCAGCCAGAUUUUCAUCAAACACAUCACCGAGACAGGAUUGGCAGCCAAGAAUAACUCCCUACAGGAAGGGGACCUUAUUCUCAAGAUCAACGGUGUCAUCAGCCAGAACAUGUCUUUGGAAGAGACGCGGCAGCUGAUCGAACAGUCUGAGGGAAAACUUACCUUACUUGUUUUACGUGAUAACAGCCAGUUCUUGGUCAACAUCCCUCAAGUGAGAGACAGCGAUACUGAAAGUUCCCACCUGGAUGAUAUAUCUGAUCUUGGUUCAGACAUCUCGCCUCCCGCUCCUGUGGGAAGUACACCCCAUUCUCCUCAAUCUCCAACAACGGAUUCUCUCCGAUCAAACAGGGGUUACAGCAGACAAGAGACAGCAACGGAAGAGUUGACUUCACCACCAGUUCUUAAUCCCGAGGAAUCCCCCACCGAUGAGUACAAUUUCCAAGGAAAUAAUUCCAUGAUGCAAAAUGACAGGAUUUCGGGGUACAGCCCCGAUUUGAAGGUGGUGCGUUUUGUCAAAGCCAAGAGCAUCGGGCUCCUUCUUACCGGUGGAAACGACGUUGGGAUAUUUGUGUCUGGCGUGCAGGAGGGCAGCCCGGCUGAGAUGCAAGGCAUCCAAGAAGGCGACCAAAUCCUUCAGGUGAACGAGAAGCCCUUCCAGAACUUGACACGGGAGGAUGCUGUGCAGUACUUGAUGGAGUUGCUCCCAGGGGAAGAAGUGACCUUCCAUGUUCAAAACAAACAGGACAUUUACAAGAAGAUGGUCAAAUCCAACCUGGGAGAUUCGUUCUACAUCCGCACCCACUUUGAUUUUGAGAAAGAUACGCCUUCCGCCCUGAGCUUUACGCGGGGAGAAGUCUUCCACGUGGUGGACACGAUAUACCGGGGGAAAUUAGGAAGCUGGCUGGCUCUGCGGAUCGGAAAGGAACUUCAAGAGCUGGACAAGGGCAUUAUCCCAAACCAGAGCAGGGCAGAACAGUUCGCCAGUCUGGAAUCGGUUCUCAAAACGACGUCAAAGACCUCCAAUGCUUUAGGGGCUCGUGCAGAGUUCUGGAAACUCCGAGGUUUGCGGGGAGCCAAACGGAUGCUGCGCAAAAGCCGGGAAGAUCUGUCAACCCUUACCAAGCAGGGCCACUAUCCGCCUUACGAGAAGGUUGUACUCAAGGAAGCCACUUUUAAGCGUCCUGUGGUGAUCCUGGGCCCAAUUGCUGACAUCGCCAUGCAGAAACUGAGCACGGAGAUGCCAGAUCAAUUUCAGAUUGCAGAGAGUGUUAUCAGAGAUGGAGGAACAUCCAAAGUGAUCAAACUGGACACCGUGUGGCAAAUUGCAAAGCAGGAUAAACAUGCAUUGCUCGAUAUCACACCAGCUGCUGUAGAACGUCUCAAUUAUGUGCAGUAUUUCCCCAUUGUGGUCUUCUGUGAGCCGGACAGCCGGCAAGGAAUCAAGGCCAUGAGGCAGUGGCUGGUGCCAGAUUCCAAGAAGAGUUCGCGGCGCCUCUUUGCGCAAUCCUCCAAGAUGCAGAAGCAUUGCAGCCACCUCUUCACGGCCACCAUCAGCCUCGCUGGAGGGUCCAACAACUGGUACCAGACCCUGAAGGAGAUUAUCCAAAUUGAGCAGGCCCGCCCUGUCUGGAUGACGGAAGAACAGGUGGAUGCUUCGGCAGAGGAGAGCUUGGACAUACUAAACCAGACCUCGGCCAUCAGUGUGGGUGACCUGACUUGUGACAGUCGGGCCAACAGUGAUUAUGAAGAAACGGACGCAGAAGGAGAACCUUACACAGACCAGGAAUUAGAUGAGCCCUAUCAAGAGGCAGCUCUGAGCCGUUCUUCGGAGCCGGCAGAACAAAACCUGGAUCAGGAACUGAAUGAGCGUGUGGCAGCUGCUUUGGCCUACCCCAUUGACGUGCAUGAUAGUGAUCACCAACCCCAAGGACAGUGGCACAGCAAUUAUGACAUCAGGGAAUACGAACAUGAAGCGCUGCGGCAGAAGUUCACCCAUGCACAGACUUACGACUCUGAGUCAGACCAGGACUAUGGUUACGACUGGGGACCUGCCACAGACCUGUGACCAUGCCAGCAGCUACGUUGGCCGCCUGCAACUUACGUGGAUGGCCGUGCAAAGCUGGCCUUGUCAUUCCAAUUUUGCUGGCACCCUUCUGAGGCCUUUGAUUCUCCUAUAGAGCGCUAAAAACAUGGGGGAUAGGGCAAGAUUUGCAACGGCUGGAGGUCCUCGUGUGCUUGUUCUGGGAAUGUGAUUUUUCCUAUUUCACUGUCUUGCCUUAAGUUGGGGACAUCCCAGAGCAGCCAGGAGGAACAUGCCACCUUGGAUGGAAGUUAGGUCUUCAGUUGAACUUCUCCACCGUCCUUUCUUUGGGCAAUUUCAUCUCAAGCUGGAUGGAUAUCUGGUGCAUUCAAGUUACUACUGCCCUUUGCUCAAGAUCAAGGAUUUUCACUGGUCAUCUCAACAAGCUCAUAAUAUGGCCCGGGAGGACUUUACCACCAUUUUAAUGUCAUUCUGGAUCCAUUUAACCAGAAUAAGAAGCUUCAAGCUGCAAAUACAUCAAUGUUUCUCAACCGUAACAACUUGAAGAUGUCUGGACUUUGACUCCCAGAAUUCCCCAGCCAGCUCUGCUAGUUGGGGAAUUCUGGGAGUUGAAGUCUAGAUAUCUUCAAGUUGCCAAGAUGGAGGAAUACUAUACACAGUGUCAUUAGGCCACUUUUAUACUUCAAGUGAGGCGGAGAACUUCCACCUCAUGUUUUUAACUUGAUACACAAUACUUUUAAGAAACCAUCAUUCACAAAGUUGAGGAUUGUCUCAAGAAUUUUAAAUCUACACCUCACAUAUUGCCUUUCCCCACCAAAGAGGACUAUUUUUGCUUACAAACCACACUCCGUGUUUUAUCUUUUUAAAUCUUUCCCCUUGCGUAUAAUCACCAGCUAAUAUGGCUCCCUACUUGGCAGUCAAGAGCCCCUUCCUCACCCUUUCACCUCAGGCCUAAGCUAUAUAAUCUCACACAACCACAAAUUAAGGCCGAAAAUUCACGAGAUUGCCAAUUUUGACUACUAUACAACUCCAAAAUCUCAUUCAAUCUUCAUGAUUCAGCUUUUUUUUUAAAAAAAGUUCAAUUGGGAGGCUACACAUUUAUAGUACAGACAGUCCUCGAGUUAUGACCGUAAUGGAGCUUGCCCAUUAGGGUCAAAAGUUGGCAUAAACUUUAUUAGGGGCAGUAUUGUUCUGGUUCCCUACGAUUUUAUAACUCCCUUUUAUAAUUUGCAAUGUGGUAGUCAGAGAGGGUGAUUUAAUUCUGCCUUUUUAAUCAAAAAAAUAUGACAAGAGUAUUAAGCAUAUUUAAUUACUUUUUAAAAUCUGUGUAACUUCCCUUUGGGAUUUCUCUUCCCUUUUGCGUUUUUGUGCGCCCGUUGACAAGGAGCAGCCUGGGAUGAGGGAAUCUGAUGUAUUGCCUUAAUGUACGUGACAAUCUUCUCCAUAUGUGAUGAGUGAAGAUGGAGGAGGAGCUGUGGCUUGCCCGUCCAUCAUUUGUGCCUUUUGUAUCAUUAAAGCAUUCCUUUUCAGCUA